CAGAUUUGUCGGUGGGGCUGAUCAGUGUGCUCACCGACAUCGUUUGGCGUCAUACCAUCGCCUGGAAUGCAGGAAAUGCCGCCUGCAAGGUCAUUCGCUUCCUGCAGGCUGUCGUCACCUACUCGUCCACCUACGUGCUGGUGGCGCUUAGCAUCGAUCGCUACGACGCCAUCACCCACCCCAUGAACUUCUCUGGCAGCUGUGAGUACUCCCGGGGCCCGCCAUGCCCGCACUGCGCGUUGGGUCCUGCCCUGUUCUUGGCUCGACAGUCUGCUACGGGCCUCGGCCGGCCAGCGGUCACCUCCAGUGCUGGAUCGACUUCGAGAAGCAGUGGAUGUGGCAGUUGUGGGUGACGCUGGUGGCCCUGACGCUGUUCGUGCUGCCCGCCUUCAUCAUCUCGGCGUGCUACAUCGUCAUCGUCUCCACCAUUUGGACCAAGAGCAAGCAACUCACGCCCGAUCCCACGCGCCGCACGUCACGCAAUAGUUCUGUCCAGCAACUGCAACAGACACAUCAGCAACUACAGCUGCAAAACAGUGGCAAGCCGCGAGGUGUGGCUUCGCGAUUGCAACAACUUCAGCAAGAGGACCAGGACAGUCGAAGAGCUUCUUCGCGAGGAAUCAUUCCAAAAGCAAAAGUCAAGACUGUAAAGAUGACCUUUGUAAUUGUAAUAGUAUAUGGGUAUGUUCCGAGGACACAGACCAACAUUGCUGUAGCUACUUUCAUUCAGAGUUUGGCUCCCCUAAAUUCUGCAGCAAAUCCUGUCAUCUAUUGUCUUUUCUCUACUACAAUUGGUCGAACACUCAGGAAAAUCCCACCAAUCAGUUGGGCAGUAGCUGCUCUCCAGCCUUGCUGUCCCGGUUUGCGCCCUGUCCCUCCUGACGAGGAGGAACCAGCUCUUUUAGACGCACGCAUGAGAUGGGCAUCUCAACAUCACAAAGCGCAUCCACAUUUGGAUGCAGCAGUGAGAAGAGGUACUGCUGUUGCAGCAGUGGUUUCUAUUGUGUAAAGAGACAGUGAUUUAAUACUGCUCAUUUUCCUAUAAGAGAUUCUCAGAAAUGUGGACAUGAGUGUAUGUCAAAGAAUGACUGACUGGAGGUACCUGCAAGUUAUUAUACUAGUGCACACACUUUCUCAAAUUUGUAUUAGUUCAAGAGUGCAAAUUUUUCUAAAACGCUCAAUGCAAGGAAGAUGAUUUACAUGCAAAGUUUAUUUCUCAGCUUAAAAGGUCAGUUUUCAUAGUUUCUCAACAGAUCUGUUCUAUUCCAGAUGAAGCCUCAUCUGUAAAAAUUUGUUAUAUCCAGGUAGUGUAACAUACAAAGAAAUAAUACAGGACCUUCAAAAAUUCUGAAUUAUCCAACAUAUGGCAAUGUUACCUUUUCUCUAUUCAAAAAAGGUCGAAUAAAUAUGUGGUAAAAUACAUGCAGGGAAAGCCAGGAGACAUAAGACUUGAUUAUACUAAGAUUCAGUAAAGUCAUUGGAUAGAAUAGUAUUCAAAUUACAUUUAUUUAUUUUCUGUGUUUGCAUCUGAGCAUAGAAAUGUGUAUAUAUUGUGGAAGUGUAUAUGUGUGUUUGUGAAGCAUUCUUAAACUCAGAAAAUUGUUAAUACAACAGAGAGAACAAAUGCAAGAAUGAGAAAAAUCACACAUGAAAAUGAGAACACAAAAUGCUCAUUUUCACAUCUAGUUUUCUUUCUUUGGAAUAAUUCUUUUUCGUCUUUCCCAUUGAAUUUGAGGAAUUUCAACCUACUAGGAGGACAAGAAUACCAUUCCUAAACCAAGGGUGAUGAUGAUUAAGAUAUUUCCAAGAUAAAUGAAAUUUAUUAAUAGUAAAUUGUCUGUCAGAGAAGAACACUUCUGAAAAUUAUCAUUUCUCUUAACGAAUGUCUAGUAUAUUUUAAUGCAAUAAUUGUUUAUAUAAAUAUUGUUAACUUCAUUUAACAAAGUUAUCACACAAUCAGAAAUAUCAUUUAAAGAAUUGUUUUCUCUUAAUGUGCCAGAUGAAGUAGUAAAUACAAGAUCUCAAAUCAUGCAAAUUAAUAUUCAUGCAGACAAAUGAGUUGAACUUUUUUUAAAGUUAAGUGCUCCAUUUAUGAACAACUACAAAAUGAAUCUAAUGAAUCUUCAAGACACUUCAUUCUGCAGAUUGGUAAAAAUUUUGGACCAAAGAUAUGCAAUUAAAUAUGAAAAUAUUUGGGGAAUAAAAUGAUUUAAACGUUUUCACAUUUCAAUUCUUUUGAAAAAGAUUAGAACAAUUUUUAUUUUAAUGAGUUAAAUAAUUAAAAUAUUUUUGUCUUUUACUACAAACCUCAAUAACGAAAUUUUAAUAUAUUGUAUUAUCCCUUCUGCAUUAUACACGAUACCUAAUUAAAUAAAAUUUAGGAAUUGUACAAAUACAACAGUUAAAGGAGCUUACCACGUAUUUGUGUAAUUGUCUUGCAUCAGUCCCAUCAAAGGUCCACUUUUGAUCAUUCUUGACAGUAAGUUUUCCUUAAUAAGUUUGUUUUUAAUGCAAUAAAGCCAUAUCUCCUGAAAUGAUUAUUUUUUAUCAAUAUCUCACAGAUCCAAUGAUAUAGAAAAAUAAUUCUGAUCUAUCAAUACUGUUUGCAAAUCAGCAUGUAAAUGAAUUCAUAUGUACCAAAUAUGUUAUCUCAUUUCACACUAAAUAAAUGUAUUGAAUGUACCCUGGUUAAUGUGGAUCCACAGCAAACAUUUAAAUUGGAGCAAACAAAAAGGUUUGAAGUCAAAUAUUUUAGGGUUUUGAGUUAAUGGUAGGAAACUGUUCUUAAUACGUAACUUAGAAAACUUACUAUGCAUAAAACUUUGUUAUCCAAGGCAUCUUUGAUGUCUGUAGGAGACAACUUUUAGUGGCAAGCAAAAAUGUUUGAUGUCUGAGAUUUAGAACUUAUUUGUUUGCUGUCCAAAAGUUGAAGAUCAUAGACAUCGAACUUCUUUGUUUUCUCCGAUUCUUUUAUUUAUAAAAUUCUUCUGAAUAUUGUUUGUUUAAAUUAUUAUUAUAAGAUUGAAAAUAACAAAUCACUCGUAUUAAUGUUUACACAGAGUUUUCUAACUACUUUUAUAAAAUCAGUAUAACUUGUAGUAUAUUAUUUGUGAAAUACACAAAAUGCAACAGCUACAAAGUAAAAUACAUAGGUGACUGUUUUCCAAUGGAAGAUUAAAAUUAGAAAUAUUAAUGUUUCACAAAUCUCUGGGGUCACAAAGAAAACUUUAAAGUUCAUCAAAAGAAUACAGGCACAUGCCAAACAUUGCUGUUGGUUUUUGAGGAGAAGUUCAAUUUAUUUCUUCAUUGUCUGCAUGGUGAAAGUAGCAUUCUUAAAAAUGGUUCACUGUACUGUUUCCAUGAAACAAUUGUAUUUAUUUAAAAUUUCAUAUGUGUAUUAAGCUGUGUUCAUGUUCAUAAAUUAAAACUGACAAUUGGAUGUAUUGAUAUGUUGUGCAUGUAUCAGUAGUUAAAUCUAUAUGUGUAGUUAGAAAUACAGACCAUAAUUUCCUUGAAUGACAGCACAAUCAACCCAAAAUUUGAAUCAUGAUAUAAUUUGCUGAAAAGUGUGGUUUUGUACUACAAUGAAAUGGAAUGAGCCAUAUCCAAAUCACAACUUUUACAUAAAACAAAUCAGCUUUGUGAAUAUCUAAAAAUUAAAUAAAUACCAUUUGACACAAAUCUCACAAAGAAACAUAUGCUCAUUGUAAGUAUUACAUUUUAAAAUAGAUAUCUAUAUGAAAUAUCUGAUAAUAUGAUAUGCCACAAAUUGUUUCAUGAGGUGAUAUCAGAUUGAACUUUAGUAAAAUUGUAUUUACUCACCCAUGUAAAAUUGAAUAGGUUUUUAAAUGAAAUCAACUUAUUACUGGUCAUCAGUUCAUUGGUACAAUGUUUAUUUUAGUUGUGUCUGACUCUUGACAAUUUAGAAAAGAGAUUGAAACUUUUGUAAAAAUUAAGGCGAAAAAUAAAUAUUUAAGUGUA